GAUACGCAUAAACCAAACACGAAAGCAGCGUAUCCAACAGUCACGUUCGUUUACGAGUUUUGUGAGUUCUGUUUAAUAUGACAUGCCCUGGAAAACUUUCAUAUAAAAUAUGUGAAUUAAGACUAAUGUGUCUGUUCCAACCGGAUGCAUGUGAUGUGUGUAACAGUCAGAAGGAAAAAAUUGAAGUCAUGUGUUUGUGUGAUUGUGAUACUUCUAAUUUUCAGACUGAUUGCUAGAUAUGUCCUCUCUAAGAAUAUCAGAGAACUUGCAGACUUAGGAAAGUGCCCUGCAUGUUACGGGGUUGAUUUGUGCCCGAUUGUGUUGGGAGAUGGCAUUAAAUUAAUCAAUUUUGAUAGUCUAGCGUCGGUGAUUAAUAUUAUAGGAUAUAAGAACGUAUGGUUUGGAACGUAUAAAAACGCAAAGAUUGUGGUUAAGAAGUUGGGUAGCGAUUGGGAACUAGAACAACUUGAUAAUAAACUUUGUGGAAACGAGGGGCGUAAUUGCAACGUCACUAGUUCCGUUUCUCAUGUCACCAAUCUAUCAGUGAUUGAAAAUUAUAUGAAGGGUCUCACAAGUCGUGAGGGUUCAGUGAAUGACGUUCUGUCAGGUGAUUUUUAUGUAUGUCCAACAACAUCUGGGGUUAACAGGCUGUUACAGCAUGUAAAAUUAAGGAAUGAAGCUAUAGAUACAAAGACAUUUCUACAAAAUGUAUGGACAAUUAUGCAUAUAAACCCAGAACCUCUCAUCCUUCAGAUCCUACCAAAGGAAGAUGGUUGGCCAGUUCCAUUUUAUUAUGGUGCCUGUGGCAGGCUCAUAAUAGAAGAAUAUGCUGGAGAAACAUUAACAACAUAUUACACAAAACCAUGGUUAGAAAGGGCAAAACUUGCUCAAAAGCUUCUUGUUGCUGCCAAGAAGUUAACAAAUGACCACCCAGGUUUCAGAUUUUAUCUGACAGAUGUCUCACCUGACAACAUUGCAGUAGAUGCCAGUGGUAGUGUAUACUUCAUUGACUUGGAAGAUGUAAUCAUUGUGGACAGGAAUAUUCCAGACCAUGAAAAGCCAGUUUCUUGGACAUCUCAACAUGUGAGUGAACUGUAUGAAUGCGCAAGUUGUUUCACUUUUUCACGGAGUGAAAUUUGCAACCAUCAUAUCAGUGAUCAUAAUUUGUAUGCUGUUUGCCAGCAUUUGCUAUCACCAAAAGCAGUGCCUGGUAUAAUGCCAGGAGGACUUCUCCACAGCACUCCACAUCUUGUGUUAGAGAAUUAUCCAGACCUCCCAUUGAUCCUGACUCAGUGUGGAGAAUCAGCAGCACCAUUUGGGAGAUUUAAAGCAGCAAAUCAACUGUUGCAUCUACUUGCUAACAUUACAGAAACUCACAAAACUAUAAAUUAGUAUCUACGUUGAUUUAUACACUGUCAAUUUUUUGCUUGCUGACUGGAUCUGUGAUACAUUAUGACUAAAUGGUACUGUUAAUGAAUUAGUUACAUUGUGCACAGUGGUUUUGUAGAUGAAUGGAUAAGAUAAUGAAUAUUUUAUAAAAGCAUUGUUUCAUUGCAGAGAAAUGCAGGUGCGGAAAGUUACUAUUACUUGCUGCCAGAAAUCAUAUCUAAAAAUUAUUCUAAUCAUCUAUACAGUCAAAUAAUGACAGCAACUUUGACAUUUAUGGUCUAGACAAAAAAAUUGACAUAAAAAAGAGCUCAAUAUAUUGUAGUGAUCUUAUAAUCUGAUUAGAUCGAAGGAAACAUUUUGAAAGAACUAUACUGUGAAAAAGACCUAAAGUAAUCCUUGUGAUGUUUGGAAGAAUGUGUACUGGUGCAGUGAAGCAGUAACUGAAUCCUCACAUGAUAAUCAGAACCAAUGCUUGAUUUGUGAUGGCAUGCAUCGAUACUCCAUGCUGGUGCCUCUGAUGAAAGAAAAUUAAAAAUGCAGGUUUUGAGAUGUGGUACAAUAGAACUUUUGCUGUGGUUGAAGCAAUGUGUAGCAAAUGUUGUAUUCACAAUUUAAAAUGCCCAGAAAAGCAUUAAAAUAAUGUUUUAAGAAAUAUAAGUUCCAAAACACCCCUGGAAUGUUGCAAUAUCAGAACUACUUCAGUUUUCAAAUCAAGCACGGAUUGGUACCAUAAACUUUCAAAAUAUGACAGUUAAAUCAAAACCUUUUAUUUCACUGAACACUUAUUUCUGACCACAAAUGAUGAACACACACACAUGCCAUUCCCUUUCUCAUCUACUUAUCACUCUGGUUACUUUUAUGACUUCAAGCACUCACCCUACUUCACUUGAUUCACUAGCUUCCACUCAACCCUCAACACAACCCAAAGAGCUCCAAAAGACAUAGACAUCUUAUUGUUGUAACCAUAUAAUUAACACCACAGAUGACCAGGAUUAGCAAUGUUUGAAUAAAAAUAGUGUUUGCACUUAAACGCAGUUACAUCAAAAUAAUUCCUUUAAGGAAUGAAUAUUUACAAAGUACAUCAAAGUCCUGGUGGUGGACAAUAUUUUGUUCAUAAAGGAGCUGCAUUCAACCUCUUACAGAGGUCAUGAACAGGUGUUUCAAUUCUGAAAAAUUCAGGUAUUUCAGAGGAAAUGAUGUCACUCCUAGAAUUUUUGUGAAUGCAUUGAGUCCUACUGCAGAUGAAAUUAAGUAUACCAGGUGUGGACAAAUUACUGCUUUGUUUCUAUUUGUUAUUUAUUUGAUUAUCAAGUUCUUGACUUUUUCUAUGCUAUAUGGUCUUUAGCUGAUUGAAUCCAUGUUGUUCUUGCAUUUUUUCUUAGGCCACCUACCCACCUUCCUUUAGAUGAUCAUCAUGGCCGUUUUUUAAUCUCUUGGAGUACAUUAAGAAUUUGCUAGCUCCUUCUCUCAUCCAUUCACCUGGCUACACGUCUCUCCCAUUCAAUUUAAUUUUUAAAACAGUCAUAAUUACAGCUUCUCUUCCACACUGUUCCUUGAUUUUUUUCCCCCCACUCUCCUUGUAAAUCCUAACGUGCAUCUCUACAUUGCUUAUUGAGCAUCUCUCAGUUUUAGAAUAUUUGCCAUAAGUCAAAACUUAUUGUAAACUUUCCUUUUCAGAUGUAUCAGAAACUUAAUUUUGGAAACUCGGGUAAUUUUUACCCGUCUUUUUAUUUCUUUUGGAGUUCAUCCAUCUGAUUUCUUCAACUGCCCAGAAUAUAAAAUCUAAACAUUUGAUUCAGUGAUUUAAUUGUUCACUACUGUAUGUGAUUUUUGUAUGUUUUUUGGUUAUAAUUAAUUUUCAGACUUAAAUGAAAAUUGAUCAAAUAUAUUAUUUCACUGUUGUUGAAGUUCAUCUGCAAUGGAGGCUAACAGUACAGCGUCAUCAGCAAACAGAGAAAUUUGGAUAUGCUUCACUAAUAGAUACUUCUUCAUUUGAACAGUUGAAAAAUUUCCUCUGGGAUUUCUGAGAAUGGUUUUGAUGAUGAGGAAUCCCAUUACUUGACUCUUUUUUCAAUUCUGAUUUUCUCAUGAUUCUGAUUAAGUCCAAUUGAGCACCUUUUUUGGAAAAAAGGGGUCAAAACUGCCUACAGGACACCAGUUAAGGUGUUACAGAAUGGAAGGAACCAGGUAGACUAUUCAUGAGGAGAAUGGGUUGGCAAUAGGUGUCUAUUUUGUUAUGUAUAAGGGGCGUUCAAAAUGAAAUGAACCAGAGGCAUAAUUACAGAAACCAGUACCUGUAUGUUAGAAGUAUUGAUCCUGGCUGUUGAGACAAUUGUCCUACUGUGACACAAGGU